UCGUGGUUUGUACAUUUUUAAUAUUGUUAAUUUUUAUUAUUUUAUAUAUUUAAGCAAUCUGUAGCAUUAUUAAUGCAUCUUGAUUAUAUUUCUGGAACACGGAAACAAGACAAUUAAAAUUUAAUCACAAUGAACAGUAUGAAAAUAAAACUAUUGAUUUCUCAUAAAUAUUACUCUCCAUCUCUAUUGUGUAAUUUCCAAAAAAUAAACCAUCAUAACUUAUUUUCAUCGUCUCUCAGUUAUUCCACAUUAUGUAAUAAACGUUUAUUUCAACACUUUGUCAAACCACUGAAUUCUUAUAGUUAUAAAAGUAUACACACCACAAGUUAUUUGAAUAAUAAAAAGGAUUUUUAUAACAUAUUAGGAGUACCAAAAAACGCUUCUCAGAAAGAAAUCAAAAAAGCUUAUUAUCAACUCGCUAAAAAAUUUCAUCCAGAUACCAACAAGGGAGAUCCUAGUGCAAGUAAAAAAUUUCAAGAAGUUUCUGAAGCCUAUGAAGUGUUAGGAGAUGAAAAAAAAAGAAGUACAUAUGAUACUUGGGGAUCUACAGGUAAUCCAAAUAUGGGUGGACCUGGAGGAGGUGCAGGAAAUGGCGAUUUUCAAAAUAGAUGGAGUUACCAGUCUAAUGUAGAUGCUGAGGAAUUAUUUAGAAAAAUAUUUAAUCAAAGUGGAUUUGGGAAUAAUAGUUCGUUUGAAGAAGAUUUUGCUGAUUCAAAAUUUGGUUUUGGAGCUGCUGAAGAAAUUGUUGUUAAAAUUACAUUUGAACAAGCUGCUCGAGGUGUGAAUAAAGAUUUAAAUAUAAACGUGGUUGAUAUUUGCCCAAAAUGCCGCGGUUCUCGUUGUGAACUAGGAUAUAAAGCAACAACUUGUACACAUUGUAAUGGAACUGGAAUGGAAACAAUAUCAAGGGGUCCAUUUUUAAUGAAGUCGACUUGUAGGCAGUGUCAAGGAAGUAGAGUUGUAAUAAAAAAUCCAUGUAUAGAAUGUCAUGGAAAAGGAAGCACUGUACAACAUAAAAAAGUUACAGUGCCAGUUCCAGCAGGAAUUGAAGAUGGACAAACUAUAAGAAUUUUGGUCAAUAGAAAUGAAGUUUUUGUUACUUUCAAAGUUGAAAAAUCUGAUUAUUUUAGAAGAGAAGGUUCUGAUAUUUAUACAGAUGCAAACAUUUCUAUAUCCCAAGCAAUAUUAGGAGGAUCUAUUAGAGUUAGAGGCAUUUACGAUGACCAUACAGUGCAGAUUUCUCCUGGUACUAGUUCACACACCAAAAUUAGAUUAAUCAAACAAGGAAUGAAAAGAGUGAAUUCCAAUCUACUUGGUGAUCAUUAUGUUAAUAUUAAAAUAAAUGUUCCUAAGUCAUUAACAAAAAAACAAGAAGCACUGAUCAAAGCUUAUGCAGAGCUUGAAGAAAACACGCCUGGAACAAUAAAAGACUUACAUCAUAAAAAAGAUGGUAGUAAAACAUUUGAUCAAGAAUUAUCAGAAAAGGAAAUGCUAGAUAAUUUACGAUCUAUAUUAGGAAAUCAAAACGAUAAAUAAACACAUCAAUAAAACUUAUUAUUUGUGCUGUUUAAGAACUUACAAUGUCAAUGUGUAAUUAUCGUAUACUCAUUAUAAAAUAUGUCCUUUUAUAAUUCAAAUAGUUCACAUGAUUUUUCCAAAGUACCAUGUAAUGUUAAAUUAUUAACUAUU